AUGGCAUACAGCUCCAGCUCCAGCAGCGACAGGCUGAACGCCCGCGACCUGGAACGAGACGGCAACAGCCAUGACUUUCUCAUGAAUCAUUCUGUCCAGAGUUUCUCGUGGCGCGACCUCACCGUCUCCGUAAAAGAUCGGAGAACGAAACAGCCCCGGAAUCUGAUCGAGAAGAUCAGCGGGAGCGUACAGCAAGGGGAAUUCGUCGCACUUAUGGGACCCUCGGGCUGCGGCAAAACAACGCUUCUCAACGUUCUUGCACGCCGUGCUGCAUCAUCGGGCGCUACAUCAUCUGGAAACUCUUAUGUUAAUGGUGGCGACAUCGACAAUGCGGCUUUCGGUCGGGUUACGUCGUACGUUGAGCAGGAGGAUGCGCUUAUCGGGAGUUUGACUGUGCGCGAGACGUUGAAGUUUGCGGCUGAUCUGUCGCUACCCGGAUCAGAGCGCGCUGAAAGGAUCAACACCCUUCUCGAAGCUUUCGGUAUCCAGAACCAAGCCUCUACACUGGUCGGAACACCGAUUCGAAAAGGACUCAGCGGCGGACAGAAGAGGCGAGUCAGCGUUGCCAGUCAGCUCAUCACCUGUCCGAAAAUCUUGUUCCUCGACGAGCCUACCAGCGGACUAGACUCGACAGCAAGCUACGAGGUUAUAUCGUACGUCAAGAAGCUGGCGCGCGCCAAUAAGCUCAUUAUUAUAGCCAGCAUUCACCAGCCGUCAACGGUGACAUUCCAGCUCUUCGAUAAACUCCUGCUUCUCUCCGCAGGGAAAACCUGUUACUAUGGAUCUGUCAAAGACGUUCCGUCGUAUUUCGGUAGCAUUGGAUACCCGAUCCCUACCCAAACAAACCCUGCGGAGUUCAUUCUCGAUAUCGUGAGCUCCGACUUUGUCUCCGAUAAGACGAUGAUGCUGGAAGACGUGCAGAAGAUUCAGUCCGCGUGGGCGCAAUCACUUGAGAGCAGCCGGCUGGCAGAGCAAAGUGCGGAGCUCACUGAGAAGGGGAGCAAGAGAGUCGUUGUGGAUGAGGCUAGUCGCCCUGGUCUAUUCAGUAUCACCACUUCACUCCUACACCGCUUGCUCAUCAAGAGUUAUCGCGACGUCGUGGCGUACGGCAUCCGGAUCGUCAUGUAUAUGGGUUUGGCAAUCAUGAUGGGCACCGUCUGGUUACGUCUGGAGACGGAACAGGAAUACAUCCAGCCAUUCAUCAAUGCAAUCUUCUUCGGAUCAGCCUUCAUGAGCUUCAUGGCCGUCGCUUACGUCCCGGCCUUCCUCGAAGACCGCGCAACCUUCACAAAAGAGCGCGCAAACGGCCUCUACGGCGCCCUCCCAUUCCUCAUCUCAAACUUCAUCGUCGGCCUGCCAUUCCUGUUCCUAAUCUGCCUCCUCUUCUCCAUCGUCUCCUACUGGCUCUCCAACUUCCGCCCCACCGCCUCCUCCUUCUUCACCUGGGUAAUGUGGCUCUUCCUCGACCUGCUGGCCGCCGAAUCCCUCGUCGUGCUCGUAACAUCCAUAUUCCCGAAUUUCGUGAUCGCGCUGGCCCUAGUCGCGUUCGCGAAUGGGCUGUGGAUGAGCGUCGGCGGGUUCCUCGUGUCCCCGAACAUCCUCAAUCCGUUCUGGAAGUAUGUGUUUCACUACAUCGAUUACCAGGCCUAUGUUUUUCAGGGGAUGAUGGUUAAUGAGUUUGCGGGGCGCGUUUACUCGUGCGCUUCGACGCCGGGAUCUGGCGCGGGCUCUGCCGCGGGAUCUGGUAACGGGUCCGGGUGUAAUUGCAUGUACGUCACCGAUCUCGCGGAUCAGUGCCAGAUUCGUGGGACGGGGGUGCUGGAGAGCUAUGGGUAUGCGACUGGGCGGACGGGCAAGUGGGUUGGUAUCCUGCUGGGGAUUAUUGUGGGGUAUAGAGUGCUGGGGUAUAUUGUGUUGGUUUUGAGGAGGUCGUAG